AGUUUGACACAUACAUCAACAUACAUCGCGUGAUGAUUGUUAAUUGAACUCUUAUAUUUUUUUAAUCAAGGGGGAACAUUCAUUAUCAAUUAGAAAUAUUUUUUCAUUCUUCGUCGAGAUGAGUGUUAAAGCAGUUCAACAAAAUUCAGCGUCAACGAAAGAGGAGAAUGAGGUUUCCACUCGAAGAGCCAUUUUAACAGUUGGUUUCAUCUUUUUAGUUUCAUUAACAUCGUUAUUUUAUGUGUACAUGAGUUUCCCGGAAUUGGACGAGGAAGAAAAGAAACAUAUUAAACUGCCUUUUCAUAUAGAAGAUGCCAAAAAUUUAGGAGGUGUUCUUGAACGUUACAAAGACUUGUACUAUAUUCAAGUCCUGGCUGGAGUAUUCAUCGCUUUCAUAUUCUUGCAAACUUUUGCAAUUCCAGGAUCAAUAUUUCUCUCGAUUUUAUCAGGAUUUCUCUUUCCAUUUCCCUUGGCAUUAUUCCUCGUCUGUUUCUGCAGCGCAUUAGGAGCUACACUCUGCUAUCUACUCUCAUCUUUAUUGGGGAGAAAAUUACUCUUCAAAUAUUUUCCCGAAAAAGCAAAAGAAUGGUCGAUUAUUGUUACCAAGCAUCAUGACAAUCUUUUAAAUUACAUGUUAUUCCUGAGGAUGACGCCGCUAUUACCAAAUUGGUUUAUAAAUCUCGCGAGUCCUGUGAUUGGUGUUCCAAUAAUACCAUUUCUUGUAGGAACAUUUUUUGGUGUUGCGCCACCGUCAUUUGUUGCAAUACAAGCCGGACAAACAUUACAUAAAUUAACAUCGUCAAGUGAUGCAUGGUCAUGGACUAGUUUUAUAAUACUCUGCAUUUUUGCCCUCCUCUCACUGGUACCUGUUAUUUUUAAGCAAAAAUUCAAACAAAAAUUCGAGUAAAAUAAACGUAAAUUAUUUUCCUCUCUUAUUUUUAAUUUCUUCAGAAGAAAAAGAAAAAAAAAUUACGAGUAUUUCAAAAAAGUUUUUUAUUUUUGUGAUGUCGCACAUUGGACUUUUGGUUUUUGCAAAACUGAAACUUCCUCUCACAUUCCUUGUUAAUUAGAGAAUUUUUCUUGCCAGUCACCAAGUGCUUUUUUUUGCAAAAAAAAAAUCCAAACUGGCAAAACUUUUGUUUCUUAAUUUAUUAAGAGCAAUUAUUUAUUGUAUUUUUACGUAUUUAUUUACAUUUUAUAUACAAUUCGCUUGAAAUUGGAUGCAUGUUAAAAGAAUAAUAGAUUUUUUCACUCUAACGAUGUAAAUUGUCAAGAAAAUGUAUGUUAACAAUCAUUAUUAUUAGCGAAUGCGAAAUAAGAAAAAUUUCUGUAUAAUGCAACUAGUCGAAAUUUUUUUUUUGUCUCUACGGAAAAGUAUUUUAUGUAUAUAAUAAUUAAUGAAAAAGUGACGUGUACAUAUAUGUACUAGUUAAAUAAAUAUUACCAAUAGUACUUAAA